AUGGCGGCGGUCCCGAACGAGGAUCCCCCUCCCCACACGAUCGCGACGUCUUUAAAUGCUCGGGGCAAGCGUGCGCCAGGUGAGCAGUAUGGGAAAUCCAGCACGGCGAAACGUUUGGCGUCGGGAUUGGACGCGUGGGCAUCAGAGGGCGCCGUCUCCAGUCGCGCGGAAGACGACGGUGACGGCGCGACGACGUUGGACGCGGGACGCACGUCUAAUGCGCCCUCUAAACCCGGACGUAAGCGGCACGUGUGUUUCAGAUACGGGAACUACCACCGGUACUACGGCUACCGCGUCGGCGCGUCACUUGAGGACCACCGCGUCUCCCACCUCGACGCGAAGUGGUUUGAAGGAAAACGAGUCCUCGACAUCGGCUGCAACGAAGGGCUCGUCUCGCUGUCCGUCGCGGUGAACUUUAAACCGAACAGCGUUAUUGGGAUCGACAUCGAUCCUCACCUCGUCGACCAGGCGCAGAGGAAGCUGCAGAGGUUGCGUCGAGCCGCGGCGGCGGCUGCGAGGAGACUGGAGAAAGCCAUGGCGGUGGCAGCAGGCGAACACCUUGGCGCGGAGAGGACAUCGAUCGUGGACGCGCUCGCAGGGUCAAGCAGUGAUAGCGUCGGUGAAGUCUCUGUCGGGAUUAGGGCAGACGAGACGCGCACGGCGGGCGGAAUCAGGACCGCGAGCGCAGACGACGAGGAAGUGGUCAAUGACUACGCCCCGGGGUUUCCGCAGUCGCGCGUUGACCUCACGGACGCCGCUCCCUCUCUUGGCGGCGUCACGUUUCGGCAUGGGAACAUUCUCCAUGAGGCGAACACCCCAAACUCGUUCGACGUCGUAUUGUGUCUCUCCGUCACGAAGUGGAUCCAAUUAAAUUGGGGAGAUGUGGGGGUGAAAAAAAUGUUCAAAUACGUGUAUGACUCGCUCGCACCGGGGGGGGUGUUCGUCCUCGAGCCGCAGCCGUGGAAGUCAUACCGACAGGCUUUUCGGAAACAGAAGAUGCCGGAGGAAACGAGGGCGCACUACCGCGCGAUAACACUCCGGCCGAGUCAAUAUGCGGGAUGGCUCGUAGGGCCUGAGUGCGGGUGCGUUUUUGUUUUGGCGCUCGACGUCCACUGUUUCCCGUUUCACGACUGA